AUGAAGAGAAAGACACCUAUUGAUUGUCAACAACAAACUUUGCAACCAUCAACGAAAAGGAAAAAUCAAGGAGAGGGCUCACAACUCUACUCCACACAACAACAACACAGAGAACAAGAUAAACAGUACAAAUGUGAACAAUCGGUGCGAUAUAAUUUGGAUUUUAAUAAUCAGGAUUGUCCUCUCGUAUCGUGGUAUGAUUGGAAUGAGUGGUUAUUUGUAAAGAGGAAUUUAUUUUCGGAUGAUGGAGUUUGGAUGAAUAAUAGCCCUACUAGGGAAAAGGAAUCAUUGAGAGAAAAAUCAAUUGAAAUAUUGGGUGUUUGGAAGAGUAAAUUUAGGAUUCAAACUUCCACAAUAGUAGAAUCGAGCUAUUUAUUCUUGGAAGCAUUAAAGAUCGAUCAGAGGAUUGAUUCAAAACAUAAUAGAUUGAAUAUUAAAUCGAUUAAGGAACAGGCUUUGAGCAAUGCCAUUGUUAGAUUUGUCAAUUUGUUCAGUAAGGAUGGUAAGAAGACACAGUCAUCUAGUUUAGCUCUUGGUUCAAGACAAGCUGAUUGUCCAAAACUAUUGGUGGAUGUAAGAAAUGAAAUUUCACAUAGAAAGUUUCCAUCCAUUGAAAUUUUGGAAAAUUGUGCCAAACAAGCUCUCAAAUGGAUGAAGACUAAAUAUUGGGAUAACCAAGAGGAAUACAUUCUCAACUUUCAAAAGGAAUGGAUUCAAUACUCUAAUCAAUACAUUAUUCAAUUCAAUAAGAGGAAGGAAUUACCACAAGUUGAAGAGGCAUUCGACAAGAAGGAAAAGCAAAGAAGGAAAGAAAAAAUAGAAGCUGCCACGAAAGAAUUAGAGAAAAUUGAAGAAAGGAUUCUUCAACACACUAGAGGACCCUCUUGCUCUUUCAUCGUACAGUCAUUUUUAUUGGCUGUGCUAGUUUCUCCACAAUAUAAUACUGCCAAGACGAAACCUGAUCAUAUAGUGAAUAAGCUCAGACCUCUCAUUGAUUUUCUGGAUGAACGUUUGGAUUUUAUACCCCAUUUGCUAAAGCAAAUCAUCAUUUUAAUUAGAGAUUUUGUAAUUUCGACUGAGAGUCAUUCAAUGUUUGUGUGUGGAGUGGAGGUUACAUGUGAAAUGAUUGAGUUGUGUUUCUCAUACUUUGACACGUUAUUGAGAAUUUUUACAAAAAAGCAAAAGACGAAUUGUAGUGUUGUAGUGGGCGAAUUGUCUCACCAGAUAGAAAUAUCAAACAGCGAAUUUUUAGAUAUUUUGAAAACGACAAUGAAUAAGCAUGCUUCCCAGUAUUUAAAUAAUCAAUCAUCAACUCUACAGUAUGAAUAUGGCAUUGGUUCAUUUGACAGUGUACUUUCAUACCAUCUUUUAGAUAUUAAAAAUAUUGAUAAUCAAAUUAUUUAA